GGAAAAUUAUGAACGCUACUUCGCUAUACGCACAAUUGUCGCAAAAAGUUUUAUUCAUAACUGACAAGACCGAGGAAGGAAUCCUUAAGGAAUUCAUGAGAAGUGAUAAGGGAUUUUUUAAACUGAGAUCAUUAUUACUUUGCAGAUCAUGUCGACAACUAUGCGUAGACCCACUUAGCUCAGAAUUUUGUCAGCAUUUAUUGUGUCAACAGUGCUUUCAAGAAGAUCAAACAUGUGGCUAUGGAUGUAAAUGGUGUAAAAGUAAAGAAAAUUUGAUGGCAGAUACUAGCAGCAAAAUAUUAGUCGGUUUGUAUAAAAACUUAUGCGCCAUAUUGCAUGAUUUUGUUACCGGAUCGAUCGAAAGAACCGGUACAACUCGGGAAAAAGAAAAAUUGCUUCGCUUUUUAGAUGAAGGCUGCACGAUUCCAGAUAUUGUGAUUGAGAAAAAGCCAGUUAUAGAACAGUCUAUAAAAACAAGAAAAGUUUCAAAGCUUAAAAGCGAGACUACGAGCGAACAUGAAAAAAUAGUUGAUAAAACUUGUUCCUGUUGUUGUACUUGUAAAAAUAAAACGAAUAUUGGUUCUAAUAAGGAUAUUAGUAACGACCCUAUUAAAAUUACAGCAGCCCAAAGUUCUGGAAUUAGUCUUGACGAAGAGACUUCUAAAAAGAGCCCAGAAACUUCUUUAGAUAAUGUCAGUUCAACAGUUCCUGAUGCUAUACCGGUUGAAAAUUCUGUGACAUCGGCGACUAAGCAAAACCAAAACAAAUAUGGCGACCAAAAAGAUGGCGGAAAAUCUUCGUCAAAAAUUCAAAAGACGCAUUUAAAUGUCAGUGACACUCAGUCUGCUGAAACAAAAGACGAACAUUUUUUAAAUUCCAACGAGCCUGUUGAUACUACAAAAAUUACUCCUAGCAAAUUUUAUAAGACACUAUCUUCAAUCUCAUUAAAAGAAAGAAAAAACCGAAAUAUUUUUGAAAAGUUUGGCUUAGCACUUUCUCCUCCAGAAAGCGUCGAAGAUACAAUAAAUGUCUAUUCUGUUAAACAGAAGAAAAAGAAGCACUUUAAAGGCGCUGUAUACAAGGAACAGAAAAAGAAAACAAAAAGGGAACCUAAAAUUCAGCCACUAAAGCUAAAAGUGAAAAAAAUUGGCAGCAGCAGUGGCAGUUACAAAGUGCAUUACAAUGUCUCCAAUGCAGAACAAUAUAACGAUCCCAAUGGCGACCAAAAUACAGAGGGUGUCAUGGAAAACAAUGACAAUGUCUUGUUAAAUAAUAAUACGCCAAACGAGUAUGAUAAAACUGCUAGUAUUUUAAAGGAUUUUGACCCACCCCAACCACGCAAGGUAAAGCGAAAAGCAACAUUUAUUAGUAAUUAUGCCAUUUUCUCUGAUGACAGUGACUUUGAAAUCGAUUACUCCACGAAAAAAAAAUCUAGAAAGACUUCAAUUUCAAUGAAAGAUAAGGACAUAUGUGGUUGUGGUGCAGGGAGUAAGGUAAAAUAUUUUACAGAUAUAUGCAAACGAUCACGUUGCCCAUGUUUUGCUCAAGGCAGACCAUGUGUUAAUUGCAAGUGUCGGUUUUGUUCAAAUCCUUUUUUGUUGGAUGACGAAGUGGAGGAAAGCUACAGCGACAGUGACAGUUCUAACGAUCAACCACUUAGUCAUUUAAAGAAGGAUGAAUUAGAACUUGUUGAUGUCGAAGCAUAGUCAAUUUUUACCCUAUUUUUCUCUUUAAAAUGAAAACGUUUAUUUAGUAAUAGGAACUUUUAAAUUUCAUUAGAAUUGGCAGAUAGUGGAGGUAUUUCACUAAAUGCAAUCCGAUUGAGAUCAGCAGAUGCUAGAAAUUUGAAGCGUUAAAAGGUUGGCAAACAUAUAUUUUGUUUACUUGACGAUUUCUAACAAUUUAGUCUCGUUUUUGUAUAGAAGAAUCUUUUAAUAUAUGACAAAUGUUAUGUUGUCUAGUAUGUAUGUUUUUAUCAACAGAACACACUUUGUAAUUUUCUAUAAAUUUUUGUAAAUAAAUGUGAAACAUGAGAAUCCAGACUUUGAGCGUUUCAGGGUAA